AUUGCCGUCGCAAGGGAUUGACGUAAUCACGUCUGCCAAGCGUUUCUCCCUCCCGCCUGAGGAGCGAGUCUUUCCGUAACAUGGCGUCAGUUUUACUCGCACUCAUGUUGACAAUAUCUGCGGAGCUUCUACAAGUGCUGUCGUACAACCAUGGCAAGACAGGAAAACAUGGAUUCCAGACUCAGCCCUCUUUCAAAGAGAAGUAUUUCACCCAGACCCUCGACCACUUCAACUUGAAUUCCAUGGGGAAUGGGACAUACCUUCAGCGAUACCUGAUCACUGAUAAAUACUGGAAGAUUGGAUAUGGUCCAAUUUUUUUCUACACCGGCAAUGAGGGGGACAUUUGGCAAUUUGCCCUUAACUCUGGAUUUCUUAUGGAACUGGCUGCUCUGCAGGAAGCCUUGGUCAUAUUUGCUGAACAUAGGUACUAUGGCAAGUCUCUCCCCUUUGGAAAUGACUCCUUCAACAUCCCUGAGAUUGGCCUGUUGACAGUGGAACAGGCACUUGCAGAUUAUGCCGUCAUGAUCAGCGUGUUGAAACGUCAGAUGGCAGCCACGGAUAGUCCUGUCGUUGUUUUUGGUGGAAGUUAUGGUGGAAUGCUGUCUGUCUAUAUGAGAAUAAAGUAUCCAAACCUUGUGGCUGGAGCUCUUGCUGCUAGUGCUCCCAUACUGUCAACUGCUGGGCUGGGCGAGCCUACGCAGUUUUUUAGAGAUGUCACUGCUGAUUUUGAGAACAUUUCUCCAGAAUGCAGAUGUGCUGUAGAAGGAGCUUUUCAUCAGCUGAAGGAAUUAUGUGAAUUGCAAGAUUACAGUAAAAUUCAGUCCGCAUUCUCCCUGUGUAAGCGUCCAUCAUCUGCUCAGGACAUCCACCACCUAAAUGGCUUGCUGAGGAACGCAUUUACGCUGAUGGCCAUGUUAGAUUAUCCUUACAGCACUCAUUUCAUGGGCAACUUGCCUGCCAAUCCUGUGAAGGUUGGUUGUGAAACCAUGCUCCGUGGAGCUGAUCUGCUCGCUAACCUGAGGGAUACUGCAGCGAUUGUGUACAACUCAACUGGGUUGCUGACCUGUUUCGAUCUGUACAGUUUGUACGUGGAGUGUGCUGAUCCCACUGGCUGUGGACUCGGCUUUGACAGCCUGGCCUGGGACUACCAGGCAUGCACAGAAAUAAAUCUCUGCUACGAGAGCAACAACAUCACAGACAUGUUUCCAGCAAUGACCUUCACUGAGAGAGAACGUCUGCGGUACUGCUCCAAACGCUGGGGUGUGAUCCCGCGACCAGAUUGGCUCAAAAUUCAGUUCUGGGGUGAUGCCCUUUCCAGAGCUAGCAACAUCAUUUUCUCCAAUGGUGAUCUGGACCCAUGGGCAAAUGGAGGAGUGCGGAAGUCUUUGAGUUCAUCAUUGAUAGCUAUCAACAUUGCUGGCGGAGCCCAUCAUCUCGAUUUAAGAGGGUCGAAUGAUGCUGAUCCGGCAUCAGUAAUUGAAGCCAGGAAGACUGAGGCAGACCUCAUCACACAGUGGGUGGAGUUGGAGAGGAAACAAAUACAACAAUUGACCUGAUAGUGUUAGUUUUGCUUUUUAGUACACAUUUCUGACUGAGAUUUUCAGUAUCUGUUUACAUGCUGCAUUACGGUGUCAUGUAUGUGGCGGGCGUUACCUCUGAUUUCAAAUGGACAAAAAGAAUUCCCCUGUAAAAGCCACUGAUAGUACAGUAAGGUGGUGUAUUUCUUUUUUUUUUUUUUUUUUUUUUUGGUUGUUUUUUUUAUUUUUUAUUACAGUAUUACACAACUGUAAAGUGAAUUAAAGGGGAACUAAACCCUAGAUGUUAAAACUUCCUGUUGUAUUUUAAGUAUGCAUAUAUUCUUUAGCUGAUGCUGGUUACUUAAAUUAACUUGAAUUUGUGUUAUGUCUCACCGAAUUGCCGAUCUGAUGAAUCGCAAUAUUCCAUCAAAAUUGAAUUUCAAGCAGUGAAUUUUUAACAGUUUGGACUGUUUUCCUUUUCCAUCAAAUGGAGUUUGGGAUUUAAGCCAAUUGGAUAAACGGUACAGAAAAUGGAGGGAUGGAUGUUUUCUUUUGGAUUAAAAUCUUUGGAGGUACUUUUGACUUUAUUUCUCAACCACUGGGAACGAAGUGUUCAUUUCCCAUUUUUGAGUGAGACAUUUUAUCAAACAGUUAGUUUUUGUAAAUUUUAUCAUUCAUUUUAUGUCUAUUUGCUGCUUAUUUUCUUUCUAAUUCUAUUCAUUAAAGCCUUUAGAAAAAAAACAUCUCAAUUUCUUUUGUGAUUAAAAGGUUAAAUAUCAGCGAUACCAACAUAUUUGAAUUCCUAAAAGGUUAUUUCAGCUAAAUAAAAACUAGAGGUUCGAUGAAUAUUGCAAAUAGCAUUGGUGCACGUACACGUCCUUGUCUGCUUCCUCUUUGUCGAGUAAAACUUUGUGAUGUGAUCCUAUUCGUGGUGACUGUUGUAUAAUGUUGCUAUCCAAUGUAUAAAUGAAUCUCCAAAGCCAAAUUUGCAAAGUACUGCAAACAGGAAAGCCCAGUUAACUUUAUCGAAAGCUUUCACUGUGUCAAGUGACAUGAUGAUUGCAUUUAGGUUUUUACGCUAUGACAUGCUUAUUAAAUUUAAUAGACGUCUGACAUUAUUUGUGGAACUUCUAACUUUUGAUGAAGCCUGCCUGGCCAUAGUCGAUUAUCGACGGGAGUACCUUUUCAAGUCUCGCUGUGAGGGCUUUCGAGAUAAUCUUGAUAUCUACAUUAAUCAGUGAUAAGGACCAAUAAUUAGCCAGGAGAGUGGGGUCUUUGCCUGACUUUACUAGUAAUUUCAUUGAAGCUGUGUUUAUGUGGCUACUUAUUUGACCUUUAUCGUUCAUCUCCUUGACUGUUCUGAAAAAUGAACAGAAAUGUAUAAUGAAUUCAACGAAGAUUCCGUCCGGGCCAGGCGUUCGUUCCGAUUGCAUAUUUUUUAAUGCAUUAUGUAAUUCUGUGAUGGUUAAAGGACCAUCAAUUCUGUCUUUAAUUUCUGUAUUUCAUUGAGGAGUGUUUAGGUCUUUAAUAAGAGUUUCAAUUUCUUUGUGAUCUGAGUUGUUCAAAAAUGCGCAUAAGCUGCUAUGAAAAUUUUAAAAUAUUUUCUUUAUUUCUAGCGGUGAUUGUGUACAGCUGCCGUUUGAAUCUUGAAUUGCUGUAAUUAAUGUCUUGCACUGAAGUUGGUUCGCAAGACAUUUAUUAUUGUACUCAAAGUUAGUGUAUCAACUGUUGUAGAAAAUCUGUUCUUUUUGAUGUGUAAUUGAUGUUUUGCCUUUUGAAGUUUGUUUCUAAGCGUAUGUCAAAAUAAUUGCAUAUUCUUCUGUGAGAGGUUUAAUUUUUUUCCUCAAUUUCAUUUUCUAAUUUUUGUUCUUUUUUCUUGUCUGAAGAGUAUGAUUUGAUUCGACCUCUCAUUACAGCUUUCUCGGUUUCCCACAACAGAGAUUGGGAUAUGGUUGGGGAGUCGUUGAAUUUCAAAAACUUGUCCCAUUCUUUCCUCACAAAAGAAUCAAAGUCCGGGUCCUUCAAUAAGGAUGUGUUGAAGCGCCAUAUUGGCGGGCUACCAGAUUUAACAAAAUUUUUAGAUCGAGAGAAAUUGGUGCGUGGUCACUGUUGAUGAUUGGAUGUAUUUUGGAGGAAAUUCUUUGAGCUGCCGAAUUGUUUGAGAGAAAACAAAAUCGAUUCUUGAGAAAGAGCGUUGAACCGACGAGAAAAAUUUGUAUUCUCUCUGUACGGUUCUUCAGCCGCCAUAUGUCAACAAGUCUAAAGUCGUCCAUAUACUGCUCUAAUAUAUUGGCACAUUGUGGCUGAUUACUAAUUUUGAGAUUUGAUUUAGCGUAAGGUUAAAGUCGCCUCCCCUGAUAAUUGUAGAAUUGGAUGACAAGUGUGAAAAAAAGGCUGGAUUAUCUUUAUUAGGAGCGUAUACAUUGACAGUUGUGUAAAGUUUAAUUAUUGUAGCCUGUAUAAUUAUGUAUCGGCCUUCUGGAACUGCUCCUGUACUAUUUGUUGUACAAAGUAGUCUCUUAUCAACUGGUAUUAUAUUUGUCUACUGUUAUAGGAGACCGAGAUAGCUUGUGUGAAAUUAGAGUCAAUGAGGCAAUAAGGUGCGUUUCUUGUAAUAGGAGGAGGUCUGUUUUAAAUUGUGAUAUAUUCCAUAAGCUGUUUCUGCGUUUGGUGAUCUCUUGGCAAAGCAAGUCCAGGGUAAUUUGUAGUCGAUUGAGAGGAGGAUACUAGUCUCUAUCUCUGUCGAAUCAAGUAUUUAUUAUUAUUUUAAUAGUACAAAUAAAUGCUUGUCUUUUCA